AUGUCCAUUUCGAAUUUUGAUGAUGAUAACGAAGUUGGGCUGAUGAACAUUGGCUUAAUAUUCAGUAUUAUUGCAUUUCUUGUCGCUCUAUUCAGUUUCAUUUUUCGAACGAUGUGGAAUAAAGUUGAUUCUAAAGCUUUAGCCUUAAUUUUGAGAAAUUUGAGAAGUGGACCACCUAUUCUUCGUGAAUGUGGUGGAUUUUUUGCUUUGGUGCAAUAUGACGAAAUGAGAUCAUCUGAGGAAUCGGAAAAAUCUGCUGAUGAAGAAUCCUCAAAGAAAUCGAAUCCUUUCCGACAAAAUUCCAAACGGAAUCUAAAAAUGAAAAAAAUUCGUGAAACUAAAUAUCAACACCCCUGGCUUUUAACUACACUCAAAGGCCAUAUUGCUCAAGUUCUCGAUAUAGAUUUCUCAUUGAAUGGCAAUCGUGGCGCUGUGGAAUUCGAUAAUGCAACCCAUAUAGUUUUUGCCCCAGAUUCAGUUAGCAUAUUAGUUAGCCUCUGUAUGGCAAAUAAGUUAUUCGUUUACAAAGUUACGCGUAAGAAAGAAGGUUGUCAAGGUUAUAAAAUUGUACCCGUUGAUAAUGUUGAAUAUCCAGUGAAGCACAAAUCAGAUAUCAAAAAUAUUGGAGUUGCUUCUACUGGCAAAUUUGUUAUGUCUUCGGAUGAAAAUGCGAUUGCACUCUACAGUUUGCGUGGUGAUUUAUUCAAAAUACUAGAACCUAAACUUAAUUUUCUACACACGGUGAUUAUUUCGCCUUGUGGUCGUUUUUUGGCUGCAGGUGGAUUUACUCCUGAUGCAAUUAUAUAUGAGGUUCUCUUCGAUCGCAAAGGCAAUUUUCAAGAUGCAAAACGCGUGUUUGAUUUAAAAGGUCAUCAUUCUGGAAUUUAUGCUAUAGCGUUUAAUAAAUCGUCGAGCAAAUGUGUUACGGCUUCAAAAGAUGGUACUUGGAAUUUGUACAAUAUAGAUAUUCGUUAUUCUUUGGGUGAAGAUGCAAAAAUCAUUGCCAGUGGAACUUGGGAUUUAUUGAAGAACGCAGCUCCUGAUACUGUGCACCUUGCUAUCAGUCCAUCGGGCAAUAGUUUUGUGAUAAGUGCUAGUCGCCAUUUAAAGUUCUUUUGUGCCCUUAAUCCCCAAAAAAAUUUCGAUAUUGUGCUGGAUAUACAUCAAGAACCUGUGACAAAAGUUUGUAUAAGUGCAUGUGGAAAACUUGUUGCCACAUCAGGUGACAGACACAUGCGAAUAUUCCAUAAUGUGGCCGAAUAUUAUGCAGUGGUUUUAUCGUUAGAGAAAGCUGUGGAUCAGGCGCGAGCAGGUGCCGUCAAACGAGAUUUUGAGGAAGAACUGGCCAAUUCCAGAAAAUUAUUGGAAUCGAUUAUGAAAGGUGAACAUAAACAAUCUAUGUAA